CUGAAAUCUGCACUCCACCUUCAGGCAGAAUGAGGUGCACCCCCGGAUUUCUGCUACUCUUGCUGUUGGUGAGCAAUCUUCCUCCAGCCCAUGGUGUUCUGGAAACCUUGUACACAAACUUCAAGUGUAAAUGCCUCAAAGUGACUUCAGCUCCUAUUCCCUUACAAGAUAUUGAGCGGUUUGAAAUUUUGCCUCCUGGGAAUGGAUGCCCCAAAUAUGAAAUCAUACUCCGGAGGAAAGCUAAAUCCCCUAUAUGCUUAAACCCUCAAGCCACUUGGAUAAAACAAAUAACAAAAAGAUUACGGAAACUAAAUGCUACUCCAGCUCCUCAAGCUUCAAUGACCAAGAAAAAGGAUGUCAAAUGACAAUAUUUCCACCGAGGACACCUUGCUUUGGGGAUUUUCUUUUGUUUUUUGCAAAUCAUUUGUAAGAAAAGGAACUUUUCCCAUAUAAACAAGCAUG